CUCUUGGGUUGGCUGGCAGAGAAGCUUCCCACCUUGCGUGCAGUACCUUCUGAUUUGCUGAACUGUGUUCCCUAUCUGUAUUGCUGCCUUGAAGAUCGCAAUGGGGAUGUGCGCAAAAAGGCUCAGGAGGCCCUUCCAAUGUUCAUGAUGCAUAUUGGGUUUGAAAAGAUGUCCAAAGCUACUGGCAAACUCAAGCCAGCAUCCAAGGAUCAAGUUGUUGCAUUACUGGAGAAGGCUAAAGCAAAUAUGCCCUCCAAACCUGUGCCUGUUGGGAAGGCGUCUUCCAAACCACAAGGUGGAGCUGUUCAACCAUCUGCACCAACUCCUACUCCUGUUGCAGCUUCUUCGGAUACUGGGUACUCUACCAUGGAUGCCAAACCAGAUCCAAAGAAAAACAAAACAGGAGCUUCAGCUUCCAAAGCAAAGGUGGUUCCUGGGAAAAAAGUGCCAAGUAGUUCAAAGGCAAAGGAUGAGGAAGACCGUUCUGGCCCAAUAUUCAUCAUUGUUCCCAACGGAAAAGAGCAGAGGAUAAAAGAUGAAAAGGCACUCAAG